UCUCUAUAGCUUAUGGGACAAUCUAUAUAUUUUUUGUUUUGUCGUGUCGAGUGUCGGGUUUUUACUAUAAAAUCUUUUGUGGUUUGUUAUUUAAACAGCAAUAAGAAGUGUAAUUAAUUAAAGUUGAUAUAAUAGAAAUUUUCAGUGGUUUUUACUUGUAAAAAAAGUUAGUAAGCAACACGUGGUAUUGCAGACUGGCCUUUAUGAACUUAACGAUUGUAUAGGUUAGAAUUUUAUUAAUUAUAUACGUAUAUUUUACGUAUAGUCCUUAUAUUUAAUAUUAUUAAUUUAAUAAUUAAAUAAUUUGAAUUUAGUGACUGAAUAUUUGUAUUUAAAUAUUGUAAUUAGUGUUGACAAAAUUUGUUUGUACAUUAUAAUUAAAUAAAUAAGUAAUUAAAAAUGACUCAAAGACCAGAUGACCAUAGAAGAAAAUGGAAUCGUGAGGAGUAUGAAGAAUUGGCACUUCAACGUCUUCGAGAAGAAAUUGCAAAAGAUGAAUUGGGUGUACCCAAAAAACCAGCAGUACAACGUGAACCACUUAAACCAAGAGAUUAUAAAGUUGAUUUGGAUUCAAAACUUGGAAAAACUGUUGUUAUUAAUAAAAACACAUUUUCAUCUCAAUCAGGUGGUUAUUACUGCAAUGUAUGCGAUUGCAUUGUUAAAGAUUCGAUUAAUUUUUUGGACCAUAUCAAUGGAAGUAAACAUCAGAAAAAUUUGGGAAUGUCCAUGAAAAUUGAACGGUCAUCAUUGGAACAGGUAAAAGCGCGUUUUGCUGCUAAUAAAAAAAAGUUAGAAGAGAAGAAAAAAGAUUAUAAUCUGGAAAAACGUGUUAAAGAAUUAGAAGAGGAAGAAGAAAAACUUAAGGCGUAUAGAAAGGAGAAAAGGAAAGACAAGAAGAGAAAAAUAAAUGAAGCUAGCGAAGAAGAGGAAGGAAAAACAGAUGAUUAUGAUGAAAUGGCAGCUGUAAUGGGGUUCUCAGGAUUUGGGUCAAAGAAAAAUAAAAACGGGAAAUAAUAACUUUUAUUAGUUGAUCGAAGGAUUUAAAAUUUGUGUUAAUUGCG